UCUCUUUCGACGAGACACUGUGUUUGAAUCAGUAAAAUAAAAAUUAGAAAUUAGAGUAUUUUUAUUAACAAUUUCUAAAGUGUUAAAUUCAGGAGACUGACAACAUGGACUUCAAGAACGGAAAAUAUUUCUUAUUCGCGAUUCUCACUUUUGUCGCAAUACAAUUAACAAUAGCAGUUGAUGAUGAAGAAGAACGAAUUCAACAAAUUUGUACCAAUAUUUUGAGGGAAAAGAAAAAUGAAUUAGAUUGCUGCUGCCCAUAUUCAUUUGAAGGAUUAAAAGGAGAACCUGGAGUUCCUGGAAUUUCUGGUCCUCGAGGAUAUCCUGGAUUUUCUGGAUAUAAAGGUGUUAAAGGACAAAGAGGAGAAGACGGAUAUCCUGGUCAUAAGGGACAAAAAGGAGAACCAGGAAAUGAUGAUCUUUUUGGACCUGUAUUUCUAAAAGAAGAAAAGCGAAAUCCUGGCCCUCAAGGACCUUAGGGUCAAAGAGAAGAUGUGGGACAUCCUGGACUUCCAGUAUUUCAGGGUGCAAAUUGACGAACCAGGAGUAGUGUUCUUAAAUUCUCUAUAAUUUAAGUUGUGAUAACAUGUCCAUGGAAAUUACGUGCGUCCAAAAAUGUUUGAAACAACAGCUUUGGGUGCAGCAAUAUUGGCGGGUAUUGGAGCAAAUCUCAUAGAAAUCACUGAUGUCGAUGCAUCACAAAUUACGAAAUUCUCCCCUCAAAUUGGAGAAGACGAACGAGAUCUGCGUUAUUCAAAAUGGAAAGCCGCAGUCGAACGCUCAAUGAGUUGGGACACAGCACCGGCUCCAAUUCACGAUAGUUAAAAACAGCAAAUUCUUUCUAUUCCUAAUCACGAAUAAAUUAAAUAUUGUUAGGAGAGCAAAAGAAAUUUUUCUCUUAAAAUUUCUUUUUUUAUUUUUUAGAAAUUUUUGCACCGAAGAUAAUUAAAAGAAAGGCUUUUUUAGCCAUGCAAUGCAAACGCUUACUUAGUUUAUAUUAAUAGAUUAUAUAGAGAUAGUAAUAUAAAUAGAAUUCUAAAACUUUUAUACAUAAUGAAACAAUGCAAUAAUAUUGUCAAUGUUAUUCGAUAACAGAAACAAUUUUUUAAGCUUAAAAAAAUAGUUAAAAAUAUGGAUAAUAAUAUUAUCGACAAAUUGCCUUUGUA